AAAAAAAAAAGGCACCUGGUGAGUGACUGCUACCUGCCCAGGUAUGCAAGGGGUGUGGUUCAGCUGACAGGCUCGCUCUCAUAGGGACUGGUAAGUCUCAAGCCACAUCGGUAGUUUCUACUUGCCAUGUCAGAUGCCACCAGCUGGGUGCCCAAAGCAGAGAUGGUUGAGAACUGAAGACAAGGACUGUUGCGUACAAGGUUGCAUUGGGACUUUCGGACGAGGCCGCUGACAUCAUGAGCGACUCAGGAAGCCUCGGCAGUGACCGCUCCAAGCCCAGUGCCAGAGCCAUUUAUGAGCAGAGGAAGAAGUAUUCCAGCAUUAUCAUGGCAGACGUCUCACAGUAUGCCGUCAAUCACUUGGUGACCUUCUCCAUCGGGGAUGAGGAUGACUUGGCAACCGUGGAGGAUGCCACCAGGAAACUGUCCGUCAUGGAUGCCCAAGGGAAGAUCUGGGUUCAGGAGAUGUUGCUUCAGGUCAACGGGUCGGCCAUCAAGCUCUUCGACAUAGACUCAAAGGAGGAGCUAGAGAACUACGGAUUAGCAGCUGUGGCUCGUUGUGAAGCCGUUCGACCUGAGUCUCGAUCCCAGUCGCUGCUUCUGCUUGUGUGCCAGGAACCCCACCAGCUCAAACCAGAUGUCCACUUCUUUGAAUGUGACCAUGUAGGGGCAGAAUUGAUCCAGCAGGACAUUAAUGGAGCUCUGUUGGACUUCAAGUCAGGCGGAAAUGCUCAGCGGAAGGAGGCGCUCAGAGCUACCCAGAAUUGGCUUGGCAGCCAGACCAACAAGGCUCCGGAGACCCUGCCUCAGUCUGCUAAAGAGGUGCCCUCCAGGACAAUGGUUAUCGUGCCAGAGCAAAAGGAGAACGAUAUCUCGGCAGCUGAAUCUGACCUGGCCUUUGUUCAGGCCGAGCAAAAUGUGGAGCUGCUGAACCAUGUUUUUGACGACGUGGAAGCCUUCAUAGGGAAGCUGCAGAAAUCGGCCGAAGCUUUCCGUGUCCUGGAUCAACGCAAGCGCUCCGCAAAGGGGCGUCGCCGGGGGCCAGGCGAGGGACUCCUGACAAUCCGAUCCCGGCCUCCUCCCCAAGAGGAGUUUGAAGAUGCUCUGGCAAAGAUGAAAUAUUCCUUCAGCCUUCUGGCAAGGCUGAAAUCGAACAUUGCAAACCCUACCUCAGAGGAGCUCAUACAUUUUCUCUUCAACCCCUUGAAGCUGGUUGUGGAGUCUUCAGGGGGACCAUCGUUCGCUUCUGAGCUGCGCAGCCCUAUGCUGACCCUGGAAGCAGUGACCCUGAUGCGAGGCUGCUUGGGAGACCAGGAGACGGAACUGUGGUAUUCACUGGGUGAAAACUGGACCAGGCCAAGAGUGGACUUCCCCCGGGGCUACGCAGACCCCUACAACCCAACUUUCCGGAGUGGCUGGGAGACGCCACGCCUGGACGCUUCUGGCCAGCCUUGGGAAGACCCAGUGGAGAUGCAGCACCGACACGAAGAACGUCGCGCCCAACAAUCAGCUCCCACAAUUGCAGCCAAUGGACGUAAACACCCAGAGAGCAAGUCUGUGAUCUCCACCCAUAACUUCACAGCCAGAAACAACAACGAACUCUCAGUACUUCAUGGAGAAAUGUUGCAGGUCCUGGAUGACAGCAAGAAGUGGUGGAAAGUUCAGAACCACUACGGUCAGGUUGGCUACGUCCCUUAUAAUAUUCUCGCCCCAGUUCUAAACCACAACAGCACUCCUCAGGUCAACGGAACCAGCCCAGCGAUAUCCAAGAAAAGUCCACCUCAGCCGCCACCCAAGACCAAAAAUCUGUACACAAAUGGCAGAAAUUGGGCCAGCACAGAGGCACUUAACAUGGACCUGAGUGAGCGAGAGCGCUUCAACACGGUGAACGAGGAGCUCGCCCUGAGACUGGCCAAUGGGACAACUAGCCAUAGCAGGAACCUUCACAUCCAGCGGGCUGCAGACACCAACCUGCCUUUAGGAUACGAUUCAGACCCUGCUCAAGUUCGGACCUGGCUGGAAGCCAAAGGAUUCAGCCCAUUGACAGUAAGUGCCCUGGGGGUCCUAAACGGAGCUCAGCUUUUCUCCCUGAAGAAGGAUGAGUUCAGAGCUGUCAGCCCAGAGGAAGGAGUUCGAGUCUACAGCCAGGUCACAGUCCAGAGAGCCCUAUUGGAGGAUUCUGGGAAAGUAUCAGAGCUAGAGGCUGUGAUGGCGAAACAGAAAAGGAAACUGGAGGGUUUGAAUCCGUAGAUGGGAGAUCGCCCCGUUUGGUGUGGGAGUGCCCCCUGUUGAAGCAUUGAGGAACUGCAUGGUAACAGGCUCUGAAGCCGCACCAUCAUCCCAAAUUCUCCCCACAUCACCCAAGAUCUGCAUUCUACAGCAGCGUUUGUUUUGAGCUAAACUUCUUGUUGUUGAGCAUAUGUUCCUGUAAAGCAAAUUACCGCCUUCAAAUCAUAUCCCAGAUUUUCUCUCCAACUCCCUUUUGAAAUAGUCAUCAGAAGAAACCUCUCUUCUCUCAGUCAGUAGAACAUGAGACUCUUAAUUGUAGGAUUGUGGGUUCGAGCCACACAUUGGGCAAAAGAUUCCUGUACUGCAGGGGGUUGGACUAGAUGACCCUGGCGGUCCCUUCCAAUUCUACAAUUCACCUAGCCCACACGCCUUCCCUCCCCAAAUGCGGGGGGAAAUGGAAUAGCAGCAACUCUUCCUCAUUAUAACAGAGAACAUUCAUGCCGCGUUCAUUUAUCUCCUUUCAUACAAAAUGAAAUAAUGUUUAUCUUUUACAGAAGGUAAUGGACCUAGGUCUGGCUCACUAGGAAAACUGGAUUGAAUUAUUAUCAUUAAUUAAAUUUUACAAGCUUUGCAACAGAUCUCCAUGGAAUUUCCACUCAUCAAAUCAACUGUUCUUCCAUUUCUGUGCAUUCCUGUUGUUUGCUAUCUCUUUCUCCCCACCUGUCCCUGAAUUUUCCAGUUAAAUCUAGGCCUGGAUAUUGCCGUACGCGUUAUUUGUCUUGCAGUUGCACUGCAUCAUUAUCUUUGCAGCUUUAAAUCGGCACUGCAUCAUAGUGGUUGUAGUCAAAACUUUUGUCUCCACUUUCCAUCAGGGUGAGUUGGCAACUCAUGAGUAUUUUUCAGCAAGAAAUCUUCUGUUGCCAGGAUUUAUCCAUCUAUCUUUAUUUGAAUAAGAGAAUAGCUCGGCUGAAAUGUAUUAAGUAUCUCAGGAAUGUUUCCUCCUUCAGGAGAGACAUGGGAAGCUAUGGAACAAGCUUUUCUACAAGAUCAUUCCUUCACCCUUAAAGGAUUUUUCCCACUGACAAACUCACACUUUCAUUCCAUGGAGUUAAUGUAAGCUGACAUUGGGCACUACCAACUCCUGUCACCAGAUGACAGUCUCUAUUUGAGGCAAACCAAGUUACCCUUCACAAACUGUAUUUGGAAAACGUCAUUUCCCCCACUUUCAUUGUGUACAUAAAAGCUUUGCCAGGUUUUAACAACUUGGCCCUUUCA